GCUUCAUUAACUACUGGUUCACUUGAGGUUGAUUCACAUGACAGAAGCAUUAUAGAAAUGUGGGCAUGCUAUGGUAACAAGUCUAGCUCCUGAAUCCUGCUCAAUAGAUACAACUGUGAAUAUGGACCUGCACAUUGAGUUUUGCACGACUGUUGUAUUCGGGGUGAGCUGUCUGCAUCAAUUCGCUUGGAAUCGGAGGCAAAGAGAUGAUCCCAAAUAGUAAGCCUAAUGAAAGACGUGAUUCAAAAAGGAGGGAAGCUGGAACGGCAAAACGCAGACUCGGUUUUUAAAGGUUAAGAAGAGCAGGAUUAAAUCUACAUAGAAUGUAGCCAAAUAAACUUUCCUUACAUAGCUUGGCGCAGACACAUCGGAUAGAGACGGGCCUCAGUUGAUGAGCUUGGUACGAAGAUCGACGAGAGUCGUGUUAUGGAGGUUGAGACGUGCACCUUUCUUUUGCGUCGCAAUCCGUGGUGACAUCGCCUCGCGGACAUUGAAGCAUCCGAAUGGAACGCAUUCUAAACGGAGCGGAGUUGAGGAGAUUAGGGUUGUUGGUGUGAAGGAAGAAUUCAUGAGUGGAUGGGGAUCGUGUCGCUUGCAAUGUUAGGAAUACGGUGGACAGGUGGACUGGUGGAUAGGUGGAGCUCAUGAAAUUGCGAUUUGUAGCGUGAGGUUCAUUUGGAGGGGUUUGGUACUGGAGAAAGGCUUUGGUUGUGGUGUUGUUGGAAGAUCAAGAAGUACACGGGUGAAGGAGGUUGGGUUUACAGCUGAUUGGGCAAUGGCACAGGGAACGUCGUUGCUGGCAGCGUGCGGAGGUGAAACAGUAAAGUUGUUUGAUGUAUCCAUAGAGACAGGGGACCCCUGCACGUUCCAGUACACUCCUUCUCCGGGAUAUCAAGUCAAUUGCGUGCGAUGGAACCACACCAAUUUGGUGGUGGCAAGUGCUGGAGAAGACUGCAAGAUUUCCUUAUGGAUGAAAAAUGGUCAAACAGUAGGUGUUGUACCUCAACCGGGUGAAGGAACGGAUGACAAUAUCGAUGAAUCUAUUUUAGGAAUUUGUUUCAGCAGUAAAGGGUCGCGGUAUCUUGGCUCUGGAGGAACUGGUAAGAUCGUCCGUAUUUGGGAUCUUCAAAGAAGGAGAUGCAUCAAGUGGUUGAAGGGUCACACCGAUACUAUCACCGGUGUUAUGUACAAUUGUAGGGAUGAACACUUAGCCUCCAUCAGCAUAAAAGGUGACCUGAUCGUACAUAGUCUUGCAUCAGGAACCAGGGCAGCAGAACUUAAAGAUCCUCAUAAUCAGGUUCUCAGAGUUAUGGAGUACUCUCGAUUGAGUAGGCAUCUUCUACUUACCGCUGGUGAUGACGGCACUGUCCAUGUGUGGGACACCACUUCACGUAGUCCCAAGGUAUCUUGGCUGAAGCAGCAUUCAGCACCUACUACAGGGCUCUGCUUCUCACCAACAUCUGACAAGAUGAUUGUGAGUGCUGGACUAGACAAGAAGUUAUAUACAUAUGAUCCUGGUGUCAAAAAGCCUGUGUUCUGUGUACCAUAUGAAGCUCCCUUUGCAUCUUUGGCUUUUAGGGAUGAUGGCAACACCUUGGCAGCUGGUACCAAUAGUGGCCGAGUUGUGUUCUAUGAUUUGCGGGGUCGGCCCCAGCCUUUCACAAUUCUGCGGGCUUAUGGUGCUUCGGAGGCAGUGACAAGCUUGAGUUGGCAACGGUCUAAUCCAAUUUCUGUCAAAGACACAAGAUCUGGAGAGUCUGCUCUUUUAGGUAACAGCAAUGAAGAAUCCGUGCUUAUGCCAGAUCCCCUUCCUGCUGGCACCAGGGGACGGACAACAUCUGCUGCUCCACCUACUAAAUCUAGCAUUCGUAUCAGUUCAUUUUCAGGUCAGGUACCUUCUUCAGCUCCUGGGGGGCCUUCAGGUAACUCAAGGCCAAAGUCAGCAGGAGGAGAUGUUACACCUUAUUCUUCCAUGCGAGCAUGGGGAAAUAAUCCAAUUUCUAGACUUCAAACUCCUUGGAUGAAUGCAUUCAACUCCGGAAACGAUGAUAUGGAGGUGUUCUCACCUCUCGUUGAUGUACAACCCAUUACUCCAUCAGUUACAGGUUAUUGGGAUGAAGGGGGUGCUGGAGAUGGGUUUAAUAAGGAUAUGGCAUCUCUUGGUGGGGAUAAGAGAACAACUUGGGGUACUUCUUCAGUUCGGCGGUUUCCCAACAUUAAGGACGUGAAGGAGGAUGUUAGGGAGUCUCGAGACUCUCGCGAUUCAAGCGUUUCACGGAGGCCUUCUCUAGGAACACGGCAGGAUGACUUAAUGUCAGUUACUCCUCCUCCUGGGAUAUCUAGUGGGUUGGACCGAUCUCCAUCUACAACACCUCCAGAGGCAUGGGGUGGUGAACCUUUGGAAAGGGGGGGCCCAAGGCAAUCAACCAUGUCCAGGUUUGCUUCAACUACAGAGCUUCCAUCGUCCCGUUUUGAUUCACUGGCAACUCCUGCAGAUUACAGACUACCAGCUUCCACCAAGGGUGAUGUUCCGUUGCUUCGAUCCCUAGAUCAAGAUUCGUCUCUACCUCUAACACAUGGUGUGGGUCAUCAGUCAGCAACGGUGCCAGCCAGCGAUUUUGAAGCAGCAACUUUAGCUGCAAACAGAAAGUUAUUGUCUUACGAGGCACGAGAUCUUAACUCAAGCUUUUCACGAUCUCUGCCUGGGUCCCUUCCCGGGUCUGCUGGGUAUUCAGUAUCACCAAAACAAAGAAAGUCAGCAUUGGACAGGCGAGAGGGGAAGGGGGGGGUUUCUGGAAGUUCUGAUGGAAAGAAAGACUCUGAGAAUGAUGCGUUAAGGUCAGAUGCAGCCGGUUCCACAGGGGCCACAUCACCUGUAUCAAACGGUCAUGCUUACGAAAGUGCGCGAAGAGCUCAAAUUUCACAUGAGCAACAUCAACAACAGCAACGGGUAGGAGCCACUGGUUUCGCUUUGCAGCUGGUGCAAAGAGGCCUGGAAGAAAGUCUUGGUGCAGUUCAACGAGCGAUUCAUGAAGAGGUCAAAAAUUUGCACUUGGAGCUUCUUCGGCAAUUCCAUAUCCAGCAGAUGGAGAUGGGGAAAAUGAUGAAUUCAUUUUUAGCAAAGCAAGCGGAGCUCAAUGAGGAGAUCAAGGCUCUUCGUAGGGAAAAUCAACAUCUUCGAGAUCUUUACUAACAGUAUUUUAUAUGGCGCAGCUUACUCAUUGAGCCAACUAACUUAGGUUUCAGAAAGUUUUGAAUAUGGUCAAACCUUAUAUAUCACCCAUGGUACGAAUGUAUAGGGGAGGAUUUACCAUUGUAUUCAUUGUGUUUCCCUCAGCAGAAGUUGCUCAAAGGCAUGAGACUGUAGGCUGUGAAGAUGUUUACGAAUGUACUGAAUGACAUCAACAUAUUGAUUUAUUUAGUUUUUUUCUGGGGA